AUGGCGAUACUCUCUUUACGAUCUCCAAUCUCCUUGCCGAUAAUUUCUUCCUCAGUUUCUACUUUGCGCUCAAAACCCAUCUCGAAUUUACCAUUAUCUUCGCUUGCUUCUGUUUCCUUCACCAGAUUAGAAUCCAAUUACGCUUCCGUUUCUCCCAUCAUUAGACCUCGUAUGGUUUCCUCGAGAGCUACCGCCGGAGCCACGCAUCCCGUCACUGAUUACAGAGAAGAUAUCGGCGAUAUCCUCGGCGAAGUCUCAAUCUUCACUGCUUCCGGCCAACGCGUGAAUUUCAGUGAUCUCUGGGAUCAGAACGAUGGAAUUGCUGCUGUUGUGCUUUUGAGGCAUUUUGGAUGCGUUUGCUGUUGGGAACUUGCUACUGCGUUGAAAGAGGCGAAACCUCGAUUUGAUGCGGCUGGUGUUAAAUUGGUGGCUGUUGGUGUUGGAACACCUGAUAAGGCUCGUAUACUUGCAACUCGGUUACCUUUCCCGAUGGAAUGCCUUUACGCGGAUCCUGAACGCAAGGCAUAUGAUGUUCUUGGUUUAUACUACGGUUUAGGUCGCACUUUCUUCAACCCAGCUAGUGCUAAGGUCUUCUCAAGAUUUAAAGAGUUACGAGAAGCUACAAAGAAUUACACCAUACAAGCCACUCCUGAAGACAGAAGCAGUGUCUUGCAACAGGGAGGUACGUUUGUGUUCAGAGGCAAGAAACUGUUGUAUGGUCGAAAAGACGAAGGUACUGGAGAUCAUCCAUCUUUAGAUGAUGUCAUCAAUGUCUGUUGCAAAGCCACUGUUGCUUGA